AGGGUGUCUAAGCACUUUCAGUGCUUGGCCCCCUAAUAAUAAUAAUAGUAAUAAAAUCCGCUCUCAGAGUUUGUGAACUCUGUUGGCGGAGUGGUAAAGUAAUGUCCCAGUGUCCCACUAGAUGGCGGUAAUGAGCUGAAAUGAAAUGAUUUACUGAGUCCAAGAAGAAAACGGAGCGCCGCGUGAGCUCGAGUAACAAGUUCGUUGAAUGUGCCUGCUUCAUGAUGGCCAGACCGGAUCGCUGCUCUUUGUUUGACCUCGUUGUUGAUCUGAAGCUCAUUGAUGGACUCAGGGAGAUUUCAGAGUUGCAGAAUCAUCAGGAAACUCUCCAUCUCACCAUCAGAGAGGAAUUUCCUGAUGAUAAGAGAGGAAUAGAUGGAAGAAGAGACGAGCCAGUGGCACCUGGAGAAGUGUCAGACAGGAAGUUUUGCUCUGCAUGUCAGUGCUCAUUUGAAAGUCGUGAAGAGCAGAUGGAGCAUUAUAAACUGGACUGGCAUCGCUUCAACCUGAGGCAGCGACUGGCUGGACGAUCACCAGUCACAGUGGAGGAGUUUGAAAAGAAGACAGGAAUGGGUGACGUGUCAAGUAUUUCAGGUUCAGACUCUGAGGAUGACGAGUCACACGGUGAGGAUGAAAGUGACGGUGCCGAUGGUGUGAUUUCUUAUGGAGGUCGUUUAUCUACCAGGGUUUUGCUCCAAAACUCUCAGGGACAGUAUUUAUGUCUGUACCGCUGUGCAGUACAGAAAAGGACAAAUGACAGCGAGGCAAAUUUGGUCGAUUCUCUGCUGAACGUCUCGGAGAAAACGGUGUGGGUGAUUCUGAUGACGGGCGGCGGCCAUUUUGCUGGAGCUGUUUAUAAAGGGAAAGAGGUCCUGCAGCAUAAGACGUUCCACCGGUACACGGUCCGAGCAAAACGAGGAACGGCUCAGAGUGUCCGUGAUACCCAGAAUAGAGGCCACGCCCCCAAAUCAGCUGGAGCCGCUCUUCGGCGCUAUAACGAGGCAGCGCUAACGAAGGACAUUCAGGAGCUGCUGAAGAACUGGGCUGAAUAUUUAACGCAGGCCGACGCCAUUUUCCUUCGAACCCCGAAAUAUAACCGAAGUGUGUUCUUCGGAGGUCGUGGCGCACCACUGGAGAAAAAAGACUCGAGAAUCCGAUCGAUUCCUUUUGCUACUCGCAGAGCCACGUUCAGUGAAAUAACACGUGUACACGACGUCCUGUCAACGCUACAAAUUUACGAUAAGACCACAGACGUAUGCAGCAUUCUCAGUUCGUCCAAGAGAACAUGGCAGAAAAAAACUUCAAAUCAGACCAAUCAAAAUGCAGCAGUAGCUCACCAGGUAGACCACCAAGAGGAGGAAGAGGAGGAAGAGGAAGAGGAAGUUUCUGUACAGCUGCAGAUAGAGGAAGUGACGUUAACGACUUUGGAUUUAAGGGAACACGAGCUCAAACCCAGCAAGAAGAAACGAAGAAAGAGGAAAGAGAGAAAACCCGAGGCAACUGAGAAAGAGGGGAAGGCGAUGCAGAGAGAAGACUUCGGCAGCAGGGAGCUGAAGGAUGAGACAGGGAAUGUAAAGAUGGGAGAAGAGAUAACAGAAGGCAAGAAAAAUCUGAAGAACAACAAACGUGAUGAAGAAGAUGAGGCGUGUGCAUUGUGGGAGUUCAGCGUCAGAGAUGCUCUCUACACUGCGUGUAAAACUGGCGACACAGAGGCGUUACACACACUCCUGAAGCAGGACGAGCACGCGUCGAUCCGACUCCUGAACACACCCAUCGACUCGGCCGGAUACACACUGCUGCACGUGGCAUCAGCAGCUGCGCAGAAACACGCUGUUCAACUUUUACUGGAGAUGGGAAGUGACCCAACGUGCAGGGAUAGGAAAGGCCAGACACCAUAUGCAGUCGCACCAGACAAAGAAAGCAGGAACAUGUUUAGGAAAUUUAUGGCUGAACAUCCGAACAAAUACGACUACGCUAAAGCUCAGGUUCCAGGACCGCUGACAGCCGAAAUAGAGAGCAAGAAAGCAGAAAAGAAGAAGGCGCAGAAGGCAGCGAAGAAGCAGCGCGAGAAGGAGCAGAGAGAGGAGAAACGAAGAGAAGAGGAGGAGCAAGAGGAGAAGAGGAGGUUUUUAGCGCUGAGUGACCGAGAAAAGCGAGCGCUGGCUGCAGAAAGACGAUUGGCAGAGCAGGUAGCCACAGCGGGAGGAACACUCACUAAUAUCAGGCGAUGCUGGCAGUGUGGAGAGUCUCUGCUGGGGAAAGUGCCAUUUGAAUAUCUAAAUUACAGCUUCUGCUCAACACGCUGCGUCCAAACACACCGUAAAAGCAACACCGCUGCCAAACCAUAACUCUGGGGAGAGAUAUUAGAAUCCAGCUGGAGAAAUUGAUUUUAAUGUUGGUAGAAUGACGGUUUGAUUUUUUUAUGUGUGUGUAAAUUUAAUUAUAUCAUUAUUUACUCAAUACUGACUAAUGAGGAGUAUCGCAAAGAUGAACGAAACUGUGAUGGAAAUAAAAAGAACUAAAACAUUAUGAAAUAGAAAAGAUGACUAUGGGAGUGUAAUUAUUGAUGCAAUACAAUGAAAUAAUUUAUAUUUAUUACAACUAAAUUCAGAUAAUAACUGAACUGGAUGAACUCAUUCUCCUGUUAUUCAAGCCUUUUGUACAUUUUUUUUUUUUUUUUGUCAGGACGAUUGAUCAUUGUUUUGACAUUUCUAUCACAGGAGUAUGUAUUUCUAAAUAAAUACACUUAAAAUUAA